AAGGUGGGGGGUGGAGGAGGGGUGCUAGAGACAGCAGAGAAGGAUAAAAGGAAACUGAAUGGGGACGCAAAUGCAGUGUCUUUGAGAAUCCGGUGCUAAAAUAUACAGCACCCAGAGGGCUUUGGGUCUCAAGAAACAAACUGGCAGAGGCCAAAUGCAUGCUGUUUAUCAUAGCCAAGUGGAGUAGCCCACAGAAGCAAACUCGCACUUGAAUCUGUGGAGGGAAGCGGAGCAGAGCAGAGCCCCAAGGACAGCAGGAGUGUGCAGACAAAGGACCUGCAUCUUUGCUUUGCUGGGAGAACACUAUGAACUCAGUCUUGACCAAAUAUGGUUCCCCCCCUCGAAGCUGGCUCAACUUGCGCCUGGGGAUGAAUGAACGGACGGCAACGGAGGAAGAGGUUCUGCAUUGCCAAAGCCCAGAUUGCAUUGACAGGAGGAGAGCGGUCAGGGUAUGCCAUCAUGCGGAGUGCCAGCAGCUGAACUACCACAGUCCCCUGAGCCUGUGCAAAGCCUGUGACAGCAGGUUCCACAGCACCAUGCACUUUGAUGGACACAUACGCUUCGACCUGCCUCCGCAAGGUUCCAUUCUGGCCCGGAACGUGUCCACGCGUUCAUGUCCUCCACGCACCAGCCCUGCCUCUGACAUGGAGGAAGAUGAUGAGGGGCUGAUGGAUGGCAAGGGAGACAAGAAGAGCUCGGCACUGAAGCUCCCCAAGAAGAAAGCCCGGCGGAGACACACGGAUGACCCCAGCAAAGAGUGCUUCACCCUCAAGUUCGACUUGAAUGUGGACAUUGAGGCAGAGAUUGUCCCAGCCAUGAAGAAGAAAUCCUUGGGGGAGGUGCUGCUGCCAGUGUUCGAGAGGAAAGGCAUCGAGCAGAGCAAGGUGGACAUAUAUCUGGACCAGUCCAACACGCCUCUGUCACUCCACUUUGAAGCCUACCGCUUUGGGGGACACUACCUGCGAGUGAAAGCCAAACCUGGAGAUGAACUCAAGGUGGAGCAGGCUGUGAAAGACUUCAGAUCCCUGAGCCUGCCCAUCCUGCGGUCCUCAGGUGCUGGCUCCACUGUCCUCUUCACUUCUGUGCCCGACCAGUUGGAGCAGCCGCCCUUCCACCGGGAAAGCAUGGACAUCCUGGCACCAGGUCGACGGAGGAAGAACAUGACUGAGUUCUUGGGGGAUACAAGCAUCCCAGGGGCUGAGCCUGCACUGCAUGGCAGCAGCUCCCUGCCUAGCAGUGGCAGCGACACCUGGAAGAAUCGUGCUGCCAGCCGCUUCAGUGGUUUCUUUGGCUCUGGUGCCAGCACUGGCCCAUCAGGACGGGAGAUCGACAAGAUGGAGCAGCUGGAGAGCAGGCUCCACAGCUACAGCAUCUUAGGUCUCCCCAAGCCCCCACAGCAGCUCUACUUUGACAAGGACUCCUGGGAGGAGAAGGGUGAUGAUGCCAAUCUGUGCCUGGAAGACAGCUGGCAGGAGAUCAUUGAGGGCACAGAGGCCCUGACACGCCGGCAGUGCCACCAGCAGGAGGCCAUCUGGGAGCUGCUGCACACAGAGGCUACCUACAUCCGGAAACUGAAAGUGAUCACAGAUCUCUUCCUCUGCUGCCUGCUGAGCCUGCAGGACUUGGGGCUGCUGUGUGAGGUAGAAGCUGAGCGCCUGUUCAGCAACAUCCAGGAGAUCAUCCAGCUGCACUGUUCGCUGUGGGACAGUGUGAUGUUCCCUGUGCUGGAGAAGGCCCGUAGGACCAGGACACUGCUGGACCCUGUGGACUUCCUGAAGGGGUUCAAAGCGUUUGGCACACUCUUCCAGCCCUACAUCCGAUACUGCAUGGAGGAGGAGGGCUGCAUGGAGUACAUGCGCAUGCUGCUGAGAGACAGCGACCUCUUCCGGGUCUAUGUAACAUGGGCAGAGAAGCACAAGCAGUGCAACCGCCUAAAACUCAGUGACAUGCUGGUGAAGCCGCACCAGCGCCUCACCAAGUACCCACUCCUGCUUAAGUCAGUGCUGAAGAAGACAGAUGAUGCCUGCACCAGGGAUGCCAUCAUCACUAUGAUCACCUCAGUGGAGCAGUUCAUCAACCAUGUGAACUCACGGAUGCGGCAGCGGCAGGAGCAGCAGCGGCUGGCUGCCAUCAUCAGCCGCAUUGAUGCCUACGAGGUGGUGGAGAGCAGCACAGAUGAGGUGGACAAGCUCCUGAAGGAGUUCCUGCGCCUGGAUCUGACAGCCCCCAUCCCAGGCGCCUCCCCUGAGGAUACACGGCAGCUCCUCCUGGAGGGCAGCCUGAAGAUGAAGGAAGGUAAAGACAGCAAGAUGGAUGUGUACUGCUUCCUCUUCACGGACCUCUUCCUCAUCACUAAGCCAGUGAAGAAGGUUGAGCGCACCAAGGUCGUCCGGCAGCCCCUGCUGGUGGACAAGAUUGUCUGCCGGGAGCUCAAGGACCCUGGCUCCUUCCUCCUGAUCUAUCUCAAUGAGUUUCGGAGUGCUGUGGGUGCCUACACCUUCCAGGCCAGCGGGCAGUCCCUGUGCCGUGGAUGGACUGAUGCACUUUACAAUGCCCAGAACUUGCUGCAGCAGCUGCGUGUCCAGGAGCACCAGCGCAGCCAGCAACAGCAGCUGCAGAGCCUGCAGGAGGCGGAGGACGGGGAGAGUGGGGCCUCGGCUGCCAGCUCGCCUACCAUCCUGCGCAAGAGCAGCAACAGUCUUGACUCCCAGCAGUGCCCCUCUGAUAGCUCCACAGAGACCAUCUCGGUGGUGGUGGUGGAUGCCAGCGGGGAGCUCUCCUCCCCAGACUUCGAGGUGGGGCCAUUCAGCUCACCAUCAGACGAGACCUCCAUAAGUACCACCGCCUCGUCUACCACGCCCACCCGGGAGCUCCUCAAUGGGAGUGAGGAGCCUGCCAAUGCCCUCCCCAUCCCUGGCACCCACAGCAGCCUGGCACUGGAGACUGGCAGCACCUGGUCAGCAUCCAUGGAUAGUGCCUAUGGCACCUUGUCGCCUGCCUCCCUGCAGGAGUUGGGGGAGGUGCAGCCACUAGGGCCAGCAGAGGAAGACUCACAGCGCAUCUCGCCCAAGCUGCGCCGCCGGACACCCGUGCAGCUCCUGCCCUGCUGUGUCCGUGUGCUCAAAUCCAAGUCAGAGGCCAGCCUCUUGCAGCUCUUUGCAGCCUCCCCACUUGGCCCAGAGGCCUCCCUCACCCAGAGCAAGAGCCUCUCUGACCUGUGCGCAGCUCCAUCUUCAUCUCCAGGGCGAGUGGUGUUCCUGGCUGGCUCGGUUGUGGGCGUCCCAGCUGGCUGCCCGAGGACUAGCGGGUUGGAUGGCAAAUGCAUGGGAGCCCCAUUGGACAGCAGCAGCCUGCAGGGCAGCCGGGCAAGUGGCCUGAGCGCCUGCAGCAGCAGCAGUGGUGGCAGCUCUGCCUCAGAGCUCUCGGAGCCUGAGGAGCCCGUGUUCCACCAGGGUCGGGCCUGCCCUGCAGCAACGCCCCCGGCUGAGCUUCUGCCCACUGACGUCCCCUGCCGGGCACUCAGCACCUCCCUGACAGAGUGUUGCCCAGAAGAGCUGCCAACUGCCCGCCGGACACUCUCAGACCCACAGGCGGCCCAACACCGCAAGCUGACGUUGGCACAACUCCACAGGCUCCGGACCACACUGCUUCUGAACUCCACGCUGACUGCCUCGUAA